ACGGAGGCGAGUGCGACGGUGGUGCCGGUGCCGGUGGUCCAGCACUUCCUGGAGGAUAUACGGAGCCAUGGCAGCUACCAGGGAUUCCCCACACUGGGCAUCCAGUGGAAGAGGGCCGAGUCGCAGGCGCUGAGGCGCUAUGUGGGCAUGCGACCCGAGCAGACGGGCAUCGUCAUCACCUCCCUCAACCCCACCGCCCCGCUGGCCUCGCUGGCGCAGCCGCUGGACGUGCUGGCGGAGGUGGCGGGGGCGCGGGUGGACAACGAGGGGGGCGUGGAGCUGGGGGCGGCGGGGGAGGGGGGAGAGGGCGCCUGGGGCCCGGGCGGUGCUGAGGAGGAGGAGGAGGAGGGGUCCCCGGACAGGUGCGGGGCUGCAAGGAGAAGAGCAGCAGCAGGUGCAGCAGGUGCAGGUGCAGGUGCAGGUGCAGGCGGAAGCGCGGAGGGGGGAGCCGCAGGCGCGAGCGGGCGCAUCAACCUCACGCACCUGAUCAGCUCCUUCCAGGUCGGCGCCCCCCUGCAGCUCACCCUGCUACGCCAGGGCCAGCCGCGCCCCCUCACCCUGCGCCUCUCCCUGCCCGCCCGCCUGCUGCC